AUGAAGCUUCAUUUGGCCAUCACGCCAGUCAACCUGACCUCAACGCCACUCAACCUGACCUCACCAACAGUCAGUGUGACCUCACCGCCAGUCAGCCUGACCUCUCCGCUAGUCAACGUGACCUCACCACUAGUCAAUGUGACCUCAACACCAGUCAAUGUGACCUCAUCACUAGUCAGCGUGACUUCGCCACCAGCCAACGUGACCUCACCACCAGUCACACAACUAGUCAAUGCGACUUCACCGCCAGUCAACGUGACUUUGCCGCCAAUCAACCUGACCUCAGCACCAGUCAACGUGACCUCACCACCAGUCACACCACCAGUCAACAUGACUUUAACGCCAGUCAACGUGACCUUACCGUCAGUCAAUGUGACUUCACCACCAGUCAACGUGACCUCACCACAAGUGAAUGUGACCUCACCGCCAGUCAACAUAACUUCAACACCAGUCAACGUGACCUCACCACCAGUGAACAUGACUUUACCGGCAGUCAACGUGACUUCCCCUACAGUGAAUAUCACCUCACCACCAGUCAACGUGACCUCAACACCAAUCACUGUGACUUCACCACCAGUCAACGUGGCUUCAACGCCAGUCAACGUGACGUCACCUCCAGUCAACGUGACCUCACCGCCAGUCAACGUGGCUUCAACGCCAGUCAAUGUGACCUUACCUCCAGUGAACGUGACCUCACCGCCAGUCAACGUGGCUUCAACGCCAGUCAACGUGACCUUACCUCCAGUGAAUGUAACCUCACCGCCAGUCAACGUGACCUCACCUCCAGUCAACGUCACCUCACCACCAAUCACACCACCAGUCAACGUGACUUCAACGCCAGUCAACGUGACCUCACCACCAGUCAACGUGACCUCACCACCAGUCAACGUGACUUCAGCGCCAGUCAACAUGGCUUCAACGCCAGUCAACGUGACCUCGCCUCCAGUGAACGUGACCUCACCGCCAGUCAAUGUUGCUUCAACGCCAGUCAACGUGACCUUACCUCCAGUGAAUGGAACCUCACCGCCAGUGAAUGUGACCUCACCACCUGUCAACGUGACCUCACCGCCAGCCAACGUGGCUUCAACGCCAGUCAACGUGACCUUUUCUCCAGUGAAUGUAACCUCACCGCCAGUCAACGUGACUUCACCGCCAGUCACGCCAGUCAACAUAACUUCACAUCCAGUCAACGUGACCUCACCUCCAUUCAUCGUGAUCUCACCACCAGUCAAUGUGACCUCAACACCAGCAAUCACAAGUAUUGCCACUCCAACUACAACCCCAUCAGCUGUCACAAUAGAGCCAAAAAUUAAGUUGGGAUUUAAGUUACAGCAAAAUUUUACAGCACAACUUACAGACAAAUCCUCAACAGAGUUCAAGCAAUUACGAGACACAGUAACCACAGCGCUCAACAGCAUUUAUUCAAAGAAAUAUGGACCUAACUUCAAUCAAACGGUCAUCAACAGCUUCAGUCAAGGUUCUGUCGUGGUUGAUGCUCAGCUGAUAUUCAAUAACGCCAGUUCACUACCAGCAACUAGUACUGUGGCAAAUGUGCUGGUGGAGGCAGUGUCAAACAGUUCCAACUUCUCCCUUCCGUUGGAUGCAUCAAGCGUGGUUGCAACAGUAAUAAGUACCACAUCUGCACCUACAUUAGUCAUGACAUCAACAUCAGUCAACGUAACCUCGCCACCAGUCAACGUGACUUCAACACCAGUCAACGUGACUUCAUCACCAGUCAACGUGAAUUCAACACCAGUCAACGUGACUUCAACACCAGUCAACGUGACAUCAUCACCAGUUAACGUGACCUCACCGCCAGUCAACGUGACUUCAACACCAGUAAACGUGACCUCAGCACCAGUCAACGUGACUUCACCGCCAGUCAACGUGACUUCACUGCCGGUCAAUGUGACCUCACCUCCAGUGAACGUGACCUCACCGCCAGUCAACGUGACUUCAUCGCCAGUCAACGUGACUUCACUGCCAGUCAACGUGACUUCACAGCCAGUCAACGUGACCUCACCUCCAGUCAACGUGACCUCACCACCAGUCAACGCGACUUCAUCGCCAUUCAACGUGACCUCACCUCCAGUGAACGUGACCUCACCACCAGUCAACGUGACUUCAUCGCCAGUCAACGUGACUUCACUGCCAGUAAAUGUGACCUCAGCACCAGUCAACGUGACUUCACUUCCAGUCAACGUGACCUCAUCUCCAGUGAACGUGACCUCACCUCUACUUAACGUGACCUCACCACCAGUGAACGUGACCUCACCACCAGUCAACGUGACUUCACCUCCAGUGAACGUGACCUCACCGCCAGUCAACGUGACCUUAACGCCAGUCAAUGUGACCUCACCACCAGUGAACGUGACCUCACCACCAGUGAACGUGACCUCACCACCAGUCAACGUGACCUUACCACCAGUUAGCGUGACUUCGCCUCCAGUCAACGUGACUUCAACGCCAGUCAACGUGAUCUCACCUCAAGUGAACGUGACCUCACCGCCAGUCAACGUGACCUCACCUCCAUUCAUCGUGAUCUCACCACCAGUCAAUGUGACCUCACCACCAGCAAUCACAACAAUUGGCACUUCAACUACAACCCCAUCAGCUGUCACAACAGAGCCAAAAAUUAAGUUGGGAUUUAAGUUACAGCAAAAUUUUACACUACAACUUACAGACAAAUCCUCAAUAGAGUUCAAGCAAUUACGAGACACAGUAACCACAGCGCUCAACGCCAUUUAUUCAAAAAGAUUUGGACCUAACUUCAAUCAAACUGUCGUCAACAGCUUCAGUCAAGGUUCUGUCGUGGUUGAUGCUCAGCUGAUAUUCAAUAACGCCAGUUCAAUACCAGCAACUAGUACUGUGGCAAAUGUGCUGGUGGAGGCAGUGUCAAACAGUUCCAACUUCUCCCUUCCGUUGGUAGCAUCAAGCGUUGUUGCAACAAUAAUAAGUACAACAGCUGCACCUACAUUAGUCAUGACUUCAACACCAGUCAACGUGACUUCAUCACCAGUCAACUUGACUUCACCGCCAGUCAACGUGACCUCAGCGCCAGUCAAUGUGACCUCACCGCCAGUCAAUGUGACCUCACCGCCAGUCAACGUGACUUCAACGCCAGUCAACGUGACUUUGCUGCCAGUCAACGUGACUUCCCCGCCAGUCAACGUAACUUCACCGCCUGUCAGCGUGACCUCACCACCAGUCAACGUGACUUCAACGCCAAUCAACGUGACUUCAACGCCAGUCAACGUGACUACACCGCCAGUCAACGUGACUUCCCCACCAGUUAACGUGACUUCACCACCAGUCAACGUGACCUCUACUCCAGUGAACGUGACCUCUACUCCAGUGAACGUGACUUCACCGCCAGUCAGCGUGACUUCACGACCAGUCAACGUGACUUCACCGCCAGUCAACGUGACUUCACCGCCAGUCAACGUGACUUCACCGCCAUUCAACGUGACCUCUACUCCAGUGAACGUGACCUCACCGCCGGUCAACGUGACUUCAUCGCCAAUCAACGUGACUUCACUGCCAGUCAACGUGACCUCACCACCAGUCAGCGUGACUUCACCACCAGUCAACGUGACUUCACAACCAGUCAACGUGACUUCACGGCCAGUCAACGUGACCUCACCUCCAGUGAACGUGACCUCACCGCCAGUCAGCGUGACUUCAUUGCCAGUCAACGUGACUUCACCGCCAGUUAAUGUGACCUCACCACCAGCAAUCACAACUAUUGGCACUCCAACUACAACCCCAUCAGCUGUCAUAACAACAGAGGCAAAAAUUAAUUUGGGAUUUAAAUUAAGGCAAAAUUUUACAUCACAACUUACAGACAAAUCCUCAACAGAGUUCAAGCAAUUACGAGACACAGUAACCACAGUGCUCAACGCCAUUUAUUCAAAAAGAUUUGGACCUAUCUUCAAUCAAACUGUCGUCAACAGCUUCAGUCAAGGUUCUGUCGUGGUUGAUGCUCAGCUGAUAUUCAAUAACGCCAGUUCACUACCAGCAACUAGUACUGUGGCAAAUGUGCUGGUGGAGGCAGUGUCAAACAGUUCCAACUUCUCCCUUCCGUUGGAUGCAUCAAGCGUGGUUGCAACAAUAAUAAGUACAACAGCUGCACCUACAUUAGUCAUGACUUCAACACCAGUCAACGUGACUUCAUCACCAGUCAACGUGACUUCAACACCAGUCAACGUGACUUCCACACCAAUCAAUGUGACCUCACCACCAAUCAACGUGACUUCACCACCGGUCAACGUGACCUCCUCCCCAGUCAGUGUGACCUCACCGCCAGUGAAUGUGACCUCACUACCAGUCAACGGGACCUCAUCACCAGUCAACGUGACUUCACCACCAAUCAACGUGACCUCAUCUGCUGCUUCAACUGCAGCUUCUAGCACUACAGCUUCCACAACAGUGGCUCCAACAUCUGCUCCCACUGUUACAGCAGCUUCAACUGCAACUUCUAGUAGUACAGCUCCACCAACAGCAGCUACAGAAACCACCACCACUGCAUCAACAAAUCCUCCUACAUCCAGUGAAGGAACCCUUGGGCUUAAGUUUAGUCUCAACCAAACAUUUACAUCAGAUCUCUCAGACUCAUCCUCCACAGCAUAUAAGAUUUUGGCUGCAACAGUGGUCAAAGAGGUAAACAAAGUGGCUACAGCUCUCUUUGGAUCAUCUUACAGACGCUGCAUCAUUAAUUCAUUCACGCGUGGAUCAGUGAAAGUGGACAUGACCCUCGUGUAUAACGAUAAAGCUUCAGUUCCUUCAGCAAGCUUUGCAACUUCACAAUUCAGCAGUCAGCUUACGAGCAGCUCUACAUCUCUGAACGUAAUAUCAAACAGCGUUUCUGCACAGUCAACAACAUCAAGCAGUCCUCCUCUGCCCACAAUGGGCUCUUUGGCAGUCUUUUUGCUAACACUGCUGGCUGUGGCACAGAUGCUAAUUGACUUAUAACUAUCUAGCCCAAUAGCUUUUAGUAUGCUACCAAGUAUGG